AUGAGCAAACGGUUGUUCAGUAUAUCCAACUUCAAUCUUAAUUCAUCGACAUUUUCAGUCAAUAAUUUGCUAAGCUAUGUACCUAGAGCAAUACCAACAAAGAAGAAGUCAUUAUCAAAGUCACAAAGUGGAAAGAGAGUAGUUAUUGAAACGACCGAUGUGGCAAGCAUCACAAAUGAAGUUCACCAACAUUCACAUUACAAAAGGUCAACUCAUCCCACUUCAGUCCCAAUUUCGAAGUUGUUUAGCAACACUUUUCCUUUGGGAGUGGCUGAGUCUAUAGAGCAUUAUAAACUACGCAACGACCCCCUUCAAUUUCAACACGACUUGUUGUCAACUUUACCAUUUUAUCCAAAUACGGAUCAUCGAGGCAGGACUUCGAAAGUGUUGAAGGUACCUAUUGACGAUAAGGGAAACUAUAUCAACGAGUUUGUCAUCUAUCCGCCAGGAAAAUCUGAAGUCGAUCUGGCUUCGAUGAAGCACUUGGUCAUGAUUCAUGGUUAUGGUGCUGGGCUCGGGUUCUAUCUCAAAAAUUUUGACGCUAUAGCCUCACGCGAUGAUUGGUGCAUACAUGCUAUAGACCUUUUUGGGUAUGGCUGUAGCUCUCGACCUCACUUCCACCCGCAGAAUGUUGAACAAGUCGAAGAAUGGUUUUUUGACUCUUAUGAAGCUUGGUUUGCUCAAAAGAAUAUUGAUAAGUCGAAGGUGUUGAUAAUGGCGCAUUCGAUGGGUGCAUACUUGAUGGCGUGUUAUGGAAUUGUGCGAGAUCCAAACUUUUGUAAAAAGAUCAUCAUGGCAUCACCAGGAGCAAUUAUCAAACAUAAACGCCAAAUACCAGUGCCAGGAUACUUCAAGCGACUUUGGGAAAGAAACAUUUCACCAUUCACGUUGGUUCGAAAAGCUGGUCCUUUGGGUUCAAAAGUUGUCAGUGGAUGGUCAUCAAGAAGAUUUGCUAAAUUGCCUAGAGUAGAAGCACAUUUAUUACACAAGUAUGCGUACGGAAUAUUCCAAGCUAGAGGAUCAGGUGAAUACAUGUUGAACUUCUUGCUUGCGCCUGGUGCUGAUGCUAGGUUUCCAUUAAUCGAGAAGAAAAUACAUAAACUAAGAUGUGAUAUGACAUGGUGGUAUGGGGACGGAGAUUGGAUGGAUAAAACAGGAGGUCAAAUGUGCAGUGAUAUAAUAAAUAAUUUGGCAGCCGCUACAGGCAGAUCUCAACAUAGUGAUGUUCAGAUAAUAGAAAACAGUGGACACCAUGUGUAUCUUGACAACAUUACACAAUUUAAUAAUUCAGUUUUAGAGGAAAUGGAUAGGUUUUAA